AUCGGAUCAGAAGUUGGAUGUUAGGUAUUCCUCGAGCUUCCAUUCUCCUGAUCUGCACUUUCCGAAACGCCCCCUCUUUUUCCGCUUCUUCGUGAUUCUUUUAUCUUACUCUCCACAUCCUCUCUCGCUGAUCCCAGAAGUGCACCUUUUGCAUCAACAUCCCUACCAAAACCCACCGAACAAUCAUCAACGAACGAACGAGCACCAUGGCUGAAUGUCCCAUUCGAGAAUCCAACGUUGGUGGCGGCGGCACCCGGAACCGCGACUGGUGGCCAAAUGAGUUGAAGCUCAACAUCCUUCGCCAGCACACGGCCGUCACCAAUCCACACAACAAGGACUUUGACUACGCGGCUGCCUUCAAGAGCUUGGACUACGAAGGACUGAAGAAGGAUCUCCAUGCGUUGAUGACGGAUUCGCAGGAGUGGUGGCCCGCCGACUUUGGCCACUACGGUGGUCUCUUCAUCCGCAUGGCAUGGCACAGCGCAGGCACGUACCGCGUGUUCGACGGUCGUGGCGGCGGCGGCCAAGGCCAGCAGCGCUUUGCGCCUCUCAACAGCUGGCCAGACAACGUCAGUCUCGACAAGGCCCGGCGCCUUCUCUGGCCCAUCAAGCAGAAGUACGGCAACAAGAUCUCGUGGGCAGAUCUGCUGCUUUUGACCGGCAAUGUUGCCCUCGAAUCCAUGGGCUUGAAGCCCUUUGGCUUCGCCGGCGGCCGUGAGGACACCUGGGAGGCUGACGAGUCUGUCUACUGGGGUGGCGAGCUGACGUGGCUGGGCAACGACGUCCGCUACUCCAAAGGCCACGAAGGCGUGAAAGGGCACGGUGUCGUUGACGCCGAUGAGUCGAAGAAGGACUACAAGGACAUUCACACCCGCGACCUGGAAACCCCGCUCGCAGCCGUUCACAUGGGUUUGAUCUAUGUCAACCCCGAAGGCCCCGACGGCAUUCCCGACCCUAUUGCCUCGGCCAGGGACAUCCGCACGACCUUUGCCCGCAUGGCCAUGAACGACGAGGAGACUGUUGCGUUGAUUGCCGGUGGCCACAGCUUCGGCAAGACCCAUGGCGCAGCUCCUUCGGAAAAUGUCGGCAAGGAACCCGAGGCGGCCCCCAUCGAGCAGCAGGGCCUCGGAUGGACCAACAAACACGGCUCCGGAAAGGGUCCCGACACCAUCACCAGUGGCCUCGAGGUUAUCUGGACCAAGACUCCAACCAAGUGGAGCAUGAACUUCCUCGAGUACCUGUUCAAGUAUGAGUGGGAGCUCACCAAGAGCCCCGCUGGCGCGAACCAGUGGGUGGCGAAGGGUGCCGACGCCAUCAUCCCCGAUGCCUACGACGCGAACAAGAAGCACCGGCCCACCAUGCUGACGACCGAUCUUGCGCUGCGAUUCGAUCCGGCGUACGAGAAGAUCGCCCGCCGCUACCUCGAGAACCCCGAUCAGUUCGCCGACGCCUUCUCCCGCGCCUGGUUCAAGCUGCUGCACCGCGACAUGGGCCCGCGAUCUCGCUGGCUCGGUCCGGAAAUCCCAUCCGAGGAGCUGAUCUGGGAGGACCCCGUCCCGGCUCUCGACCAUCCAGUCAUCGACGACAAGGACAUUGCCGCUCUGAAGAAGGAGAUCCUCGCGACCGGCGUGGAACCUGCCAAGUUGAUUUCCACCGCCUGGGCAUCGGCUUCCACAUUCCGCGGCAGUGACAAGCGCGGCGGCGCCAACGGUGCUCGUAUCCGCCUCGCUCCCCAGAAGGACUGGAAGGUCAACAACCCCCAACGUCUCGCCGAGGUGCUCGGGGCACUGGAAGGCGUGCAGGAGAAAUUCAACAGCUCUGCAUCCGGCGGGAAGAAGGUCUCCCUGGCCGAUCUCAUCGUGCUAGCCGGUUCCGCCGCCCUCGAGAAGGCAGCCGGUGUUCCCGUUCCCUUCACGCCCGGCCGCACGGAUGCCUCGCAAGAACAGACCGACGCCCAGUCUUUCGAGCACCUGGAGCCGUACGCCGACGGGUUCCGUAACUACGGCAAGGGAACGCCCCGGGUGCGGACCGAGCAGCUCCUCGUCGACAGGGCACACCUGCUCACGCUCACCGCCCCGGAGUUGACGGCGCUCGUGGGCGGACUGCGCGUCCUCGGCGCCAACUACGACGGCUCGUCUCACGGCGUCUUCACCACGCGCCCUGGCCAGCUGACCAACGACUUCUUCACCAACCUGCUGGACGUGAACACGGCCUGGAAGGCAACCGAUGGCGAGGUCUACGAGGGUUCCGACCGCAAGACCGGCCAGAAGAAGUGGACUGCCACUCGCGCCGAUCUCGUGUUUGGCUCCCACGCCGAACUGCGCGCUGUUGCCGAGGUCUAUGGUAGUGCAGAUGGCCAGGAAAAGUUUGUGAGAGACUUCGUGGCAGCUUGGGCCAAGGUGAUGAAUUUGGACCGCUUUGAUUUGGCCCGGGGUGCCUCAAAGUCUGCUGCGCCAAAGCUGUAGGAUGGGGUCUAUUUACUUAUAAUUAGAUCUUGUCCCCUAGAAUGCAUCGGAAUAAGUUUGGUGCCAGAUAGUCAACAGUUGAACUUUGUCACUGCCAUUGAGCUUAAAAGUCAUUAUCCUCAUGUGCCAACCUCCUCUAUCUAGUCCUCCCUGUUACACAAGAAUAAUGAACCUGUUGUACUCCAAACCAAUCACAAGGCAAGGCACAAUGUUAUUAUCUCCUCCAAGAUGACGUUCAUAGCCACAGCCAUCAUCCUGGUCUAUAUGAUAGCGACUGAGCGAGG